AAUGCGCCUGGACAAAUCAGAGGCGGCCCCACGUGUACUGUGUUGACUGUCAAAAUUUCGGGGACCCCAAUUCCCGGAAGCUGUUAAGUUCUGAGAGAAGUACCGGCAUCUGCGUCUGCGAAUCCCCAGCCAUGAGCACCCCGGGCGUUCUGUCCUUUACGCAGCAGGCCUGGGAGCAGGUGCUGGCCAAGGUGAAACGGGCUGUGGUCUACCUGGACACCGCCUGCGCCGAGAGCCUGCACUGGGGCUGCGGAGCCUCGCGGCUGCUGGAGGCCGUGGGGAGCCCUGCGUGUUACCUGCGGGAGUUCGAGCCCGCCGCAGUUGGUGGCGGAGCCGAGCAGCCCAAGGCGGUGUUUGUGUUGAGCUGCUUGCUGAAAGGCCGGACCGUGGAGACCCUAAGGGGCAUCAUCUGCCGCAGUCACUUCCAGUAUUGUGUGGUGGUCACGGCUGUGAACCACGCAGUCCACCUCACGGCUAAUCACGUGCCGGCAGCGGCAGCGGCGGAGUUGGAAGGGCAGCAGCCGGUGUUUGAGCAACUGGAGGAGAAACUGUGCGAGUGGAUGGGCAACAUGAACUACACUGCUGAGGUGCUACACGUCCCGUUGUUACUCGCUCCUGCUGCUCCCCACCUUGCCUUGACUCCAGCUUUUGCUUCUCUUUUCCCACUGUUACCCCAGGAUGUGCAAAUCCUCAACAGUGCCCGACCGGACAAGAGGAGGCUAGGAAGCCUGGGUGAGGUGGAUGCCACUGCCCUGACCCCUGAGCUGCUGCUGCAGAUCAGGUGUCUGGUGUCAGGCCUCAGUUCCCUGUGUGAGCAUUUAGGGGUACGGGAGGAGUGUUUUGCUGUAGGUUCCCUCAGUCGAAUCAUCGCUGCAGAUCUGGCCAAUUUUGCUCCCGCCAAAAAUAGAAGGAGGACUGCCACAGGCAGGGCAUCAGUGGUCUUUGUGGACAGAACUCUGGAUCUCACAGGAGCAGUUGGACAUCAUGGGGACAACUUGGUAGAGAAGAUAAUUUCAGUGCUUCCCCAGCUUCCGGGCCACACCAAUGAUGUGAUGGUUAACAUGAUAGAGCUCACUGCACUCCGGGCUGAGGAGGAGAAUCGGAAUAUGGUUGCACCCGGCUGUCUCGCACAAUCCCAUGACCCCGCAGCUAAAACCCUGUGGGAAGCUUUAUUGAACACCAGGCACAAAGAGGCAGUGAUGGAAGUCCGGAGACAUCUAGUGGAAGCAGCAAGCAGAGAAAACCUGCCAAUCAAGAUGAGUAUGGGGAGAGUCACUCCAGGGCAACUCACCUCUUAUAUUCAACUCUUCAAGAACAACCUCAAAGCUCUAGGGAAUCACUGUGGGCUCCUACAGCUUGGACUGGCCACCGUUCAAACCCUUAAACACCCGCAGGCUGCCAAGUGGGACAACUUUCUGGCUUUUGAAAGACUCCUUCUCCAGAGCAUUGGGGAGUCAACGAUGUCUGUUGUGUUAAAUCAGUUGCUGCCCAUGAUUAAGCCUUCAAACCAGAGGACCAAUGAUGACUAUAGCCCUGAAGAGCUACUGGUCCUCCUGAUAUAUAUUUAUUCUGUCAGUGGAGAGCUCUCAGUGGACAAAGACCUGAGUGAAGCAGAAGAAAAAGUGAAGAAAGCAUUGGCUCAGGUCUUUUGUGAAGAGUCUGAAUUGUCACCUUUGCUGCAAAAGAUCACAGGCUGUGACUCUUCAGUUAACCUGACAUUUCACAAAUCCAAAAGUGCCGUGGAUGAACUGUUUACUUCACUUCGGGAUAUUGCUGGAGCUCGGAAUCUCAUGAAACAGUUUAAGUCUGUAUAUGUUCCUGGAAAUCAGACCCACCAGGCAUCCUACAAGCCAUUGCUGAAGCAGGUUGUGGAGGAAAUAUUUAAUCCCGAGAGGCCAGAUCCAGUUGAUAUUGAACACAUGUCUUCAGGCCUCACUGAUCUCCUGAAGACUGGAUUUAGCAUGUUCAUGAAGGUGAGCCGGCCCCAUCCCAGCGACCACCCUCUCCUGAUCCUCUUUGUGGUGGGCGGAGUCACAGUCUCCGAGGCCAAAAUGAUCAAAGACCUUGUGUCAACCCUGAAGCCAGGAACCCAGGUAAUCGUGCUGUCCACGCGACUCCUGAAGCCACUUAACAUCCCUGAGCUGUUAUUUGCAACUGACCGGCUACAUCCAGACCUUGGCUUCUGAGCAUCUGCUAAGAAGAUGAGACCUACCGGGCUGGAAAUCCCAACACUGUUCUCUGUCACCAUCCAAGAUAUGCCUCCAAAAUCAGUGUCCCUGUUUCUAAUCAUGGAUAUGACUGAAUUCUGCCCAGAAGGUCUUGAUAACCACACAGUGAAUUACUUAGCUGGAAUUGCUGCAAUUCUUAAAAAACAAAACAAAACCUUUUAGGGAUGGGGGUAUAGCUCAGCAGUAGAGCGUGUGCUUGGCUUGCACAAGGUCCUGGGUUCAAUCCCCGGUGCCUCUAUUAAGGAAGGGAAAACAAAAACCUUUUUCAUUUUUCUAAAGAUGUCAAACUGUCUCUCAGCUGGCCUAAUUCAUGAUAAUUCCCCUUUAUCCUUAACUCUCUAUCUGUGAUCUUUCUGAUUCCACCUGCAAGUUCAUUCAUUCUAAGUAAGUGCCUGUUGGUGAGUGUUGGUGGAUGACAAACCUUUUGAUCUGCAGUUGCUCAAGGAAGAGUUAGACAUGUUUUAGAAUCAUGAGUGUGAGGAAAGGUUGGUUUUUAAGAUUAUAUAGCUGAGGAGGGAACAUUGCAAAGAGGAUCGGAGGCUUUGUUUCUCUCUUGAUCUGAGCCAUUUCUGAAAAGGCGAGGGAGGGGUAGUGGCCAGGGCAGUGCUGAUUGUCUGCCCGUUUUGUAAAUCGCCUGCCAGUACAAAGGGCUGCAUUGUUCCAGUUAGCUUACUGGGCAGGGCUGCCAGCCUGCUUGGAACAGUAGUGGGAGAGAGGUUGAUUGGAGGGCUGUCUCUGCCUAUUAAAGCUUUCCUCUCCUCCCCAAGGAAGGCUCCAAUAAAAAUAUCUGGUCCAAGGAGUCUAAGUUGGAACCCCAACCUCUGUGACUUUUGUGAUUUCACAUUUCUACUGAAAUAUAAAGCUUUCUUUUCUGUGAGUCUAAGUCUCCCUUCUGGCCAUAGCAGAAAAACCUAGACUCAUAGAGUGAAAUUAUACAAGAACUCCAGCCAAAAUUAACUGCUUGGAACUGCACAUUAAUAGGUAUACAGUUGGUGGAAAUUCCUAGCAUCUCUCAAAGAUGUUUGUAAUAAAGAGAUAAAGCUGUAAAACAGUGGCUAGUGCGGAUUAAACAGGUGGAGGAAAUAAAAUGUAAACCAAAAUCCUCUAUGUCUCUGCUUUUAGUUCUCUGCAAAGCACUAUCACCAUAUGAGAAAACCAUGGAGCUGGAAAUCACUUUGAGAUGUAAUCAGAGCAGGUUUCCUAGACCCUGGCUUCUUUAUUUUGUCCAAGGAUGUUUUCUACCUAACACCAGUUCUUUCUUGGUGCUGAAAUACUGGCUGCUUCUCCUGUUCUGCUUAUUUCCAAAUUUGAACUUGAAUGAGGAAGAAACGGCAAUAGCAAAGGAAAUGAUAAUUAAAGCAAAGAUCACUGUUUUCUAAAAUAAUGAAGUAACCUUUUGUGUGUCUGUC